AUGGGUCGGGGGCUGCUCCGGGGCCUGUGGCCGCUGCACCUCGUCCUGUGGACGCGCAUCGCCAGCACGAUCCCGCCGCACGUUCAGAAGUCGGUUAAUAAUGACAUGAUGGUCACGGACAACAAUGGCGCCGUCAAGUUCCCACAACUGUGCAAGUUUUGCGAUGUGCGAUCUUCCACCUGUGACAACCAGAAGUCCUGCAUGAGCAACUGCAGCAUCACGUCCAUCUGUGAGAAGGCACACGAAGUCUGCGUGGCCGUCUGGAGGAAGAACGAUGAAAACAUAACCCUGGAGACUGUGUGUCACGACCCCAAGCUCGCCUACCAUGGAUUCCUUCUGGAAGAUUCUGCCUCUCCAAAGUGUAUCAUGAAAGAAAAGAAGGUGUUUGGGGAGACUUUCUUCAUGUGUUCCUGCAGCACUGACGAGUGCAAUGACCACAUCAUCUUCUCUGAGGAAUACACCACCAGCAGUCCGGAUCUGCUGCUAGUCAUAUUUCAAGUGACCGGCGUCAGCCUCCUGCCACCGCUGGGAAUUGCCAUCGCCGUCAUCGUCACCUUCUACUGCUACCGCGUUCACCGGCAGCAGAAGCUGAGUCCCUCCUGGGAGACCAGCAAGCCGCGGAAGCUCAUGGAGUUCAGCGAGCACUGCGCCAUCAUUCUGGAAGACGACCGCUCCGACAUCAGCUCCACGUGCGCCAACAACAUCAACCACAACACGGAGCUGCUGCCCAUCGAGCUGGACACCCUGGUGGGCAAAGGUCGAUUCGCCGAGGUCUACAAGGCCAAGCUGAGGCAGAACACAUCCGAGCAGUUCGAGACCGUGGCCGUCAAGAUCUUCCCCUACGAGGAGUACGCCUCUUGGAAGACGGAGAAAGACAUCUUCUCGGACAUCAACCUGAAGCACGAGAACAUCCUGCAGUUCCUGACGGCCGAGGAGCGCAAGACUGAGCUCGGGAAGCAGUACUGGCUGAUCACCGCCUUCCAUGCCAAGGGCAACCUGCAGGAGUAUCUCACACGCCACGUCAUCAGCUGGGAGGACCUGCGCAAGCUGGGCAGCUCCCUGGCCCGGGGCAUUGCCCACCUCCACAGCGACCACACCCCCUGUGGGAGGCCCAAGAUGCCCAUCGUGCAUAGAGACCUCAAGAGCUCCAACAUCCUGGUGAAGAACGACCUGACCUGCUGCCUGUGUGACUUUGGGCUGUCCCUGCGCCUGGACCCUACGCUGUCUGUGGAUGACCUGGCUAACAGUGGGCAGGUGGGGACUGCAAGAUACAUGGCGCCGGAAGUCCUGGAAUCCAGGAUGAAUCUGGAGAACGUGGAGUCCUUCAAGCAGACUGAUGUCUACUCCAUGGCGCUGGUGCUCUGGGAAAUGACGUCCCGCUGCAAUGCGGUGGGGGAGGUCAAAGAUUACGAGCCUCCGUUUGGUUCCAAGGUGCGGGAGCACCCCUGUGUGGAGAGCAUGAAAGACAAUGUGCUGCGAGAUCGAGGUCGACCAGAAAUCCCCAGCUUCUGGCUUAACCACCAGGGCAUACAGAUGGUGUGUGAGACACUGACCGAAUGCUGGGACCAUGACCCGGAGGCCCGUCUCACGGCCCAGUGCGUGGCGGAACGCUUCAGCGAGUUGGAGUACCUGGACAGACUCUCGGGAAGGAGCUGCUCUGAGGAGAAGAUUCCAGAAGAUGGCUCGCUGAACACUACCAAGUAG